AUGGCGGACUGUGAUAAAGAUCAGGAGGCUCAGACUAGAUCUGAGUCUGAGGAUAAGGAGUUGAGAGAGAAACCCAAGGUCAAACUGCCUCUUGUGCCCACCGUGCCUGGAAAUGCCUGGUCGCAGAUGAGGGCUCGUGAACAAGAACAUAUUCGUGAAAGGGAGCUGCAUAAGCUGGAGUUUGGCGAGUUGGGGUAUGAUCCUAAUACCGGACUGGAUUACGACGAGGCUCUCGCCCUCCCGAUGCCUAAGCCCCGUCUUAUGGCUGUCAGUAGUUCUGUCCCUGUGCUUGAGCCGACGGUUUCAAAGCCAAAUGUUCUCACGAAGCUGAGUGGUUUGAAGACACAGGGAGACAAGGAGGCCCAUCCUGGUGAUAAGGGUGCGGGUACAAAGGUCGAAGGUGAAAAGAAAAAGUCCAUGAUGGCGACGCUGAGAUCCAAACUCAGCUUCAAAGAGCUUGGUAAGGAGUUUCGUAAAGCUCAGGACCCUCCACUUAGUGCUAUGCCUCGACUGCCAUCGAACGCCGGAACUCCACAGGUCGGAAAGACCAAACAAUCGCCGCCUGAGUCUGUUGACUUCGAUGAGGAAAGGCUGUAUGUCCCCAAGCCCAGAGAUCCUGGAGUGCACCCUGCUUCUGCUCCAGUCCAGACCACUAGGUUUUCGGACUCAGGUAGCUUCGUGAGCUCUAAACAGAGCGCUUCAUCCUGCCCUGCACAGCAGGCAAAGGGUAAUGACAGGCUUGAUGCAAAAGCUCUUAGAGACACACAGGAGCAACAUCGGCCUCAUAAAAAAGUGGGAAACGUGGAACCCAUGACGCGUCUUGACACUGUUCUGAUUGACGGCUCAUCUCCUCUAGCUAGCACAGGCGAUACCAGCAGGGGCCAUCCAGCGGUUGUCGAUGCGGAACGACGCUAUAUUAGUCUGAAGGUGGAGAACGAAACAUCAGUUCCCUCUAAGCCAAAGACUGAUGCCACUUCUACUGAGAGUCCAGCUUCGUACAAGCUAUCUACAUCCAACGCACCAAAAGGUAUUGCACCAGUGUCCUCGUCAUGCGAACGCAAACAGAGCACGGUAGAGAAAAACCGUCCGCUAGUCGUCUCAUCGGAUCAGCAGAGGCCACCGUCUGUCAGAACACAGGACCAAACUGAAGUGACUACCCCGUCCGGACAGUACAGCAGGCGCUCGUCUAGUAGGUCACAGGAGCAUAUGGCCUCAAGCUCUGGACAGGCUGACCCUGCCUUCGACCCAACACAUAUGAGGAUGCCCUUCGAUUCUCAACUCCCUAUUGACGAUCCUCGUUUCUACUCUGGUGUGACGACUCACGGAGGCUAUGCUCCUCCUCCACCGCACCCGGGCUAUCAAAACACAGUAACCUUGGAGCAGCAGAUAUCCACCUACAUGGAUUCACUUCACAUCCACGUUGACGGUACGGCAAACAAGCUUGCCCGUAAUAACUGGUCAACGGAUCAAAUCCUGAGGGGCACAGGACAUCUGUCGGAACUCAUGCGCAAGCUCAAUAACCGAGUGAUGAGCGAUACUGAAGUGAUGAGAGAGCUACAGAGGGUCAUGAUGGAUGUGAAGAUUCAAGUUGGGGCUAUACAGCGCGAGCAGCGUCAGAUGGAAGACAGGAUGACACAGGUCUUCCAGAGUGAGUACAACAAACUGAAGGGCGAGAUUAGUGCGUUGGCCUCGACUGUAAAGUCCAACCUCCCCUACAACCCAGUAGAGGAUGCAAGAUCCAUGAAUACCAGGUUGCAGGGGAGCCGAGAUGUCAUCAGAUGGAGUAAAGACAAUGAAAGACCACAACAGUUCAUGAAGAUGAAGUCACGUCAAAUGAGGAAGGAAGAAGUGGUGACAAAGAACACAGAAAGCAGAGGGGAAGAACACAACUGUGAAUCUGUCGCACUGGACAACAAACAUGCUGAGGAACACACGCUUACUGAUGAUGUUCCAACACCUAUGGCAGCCUUCCCCACUCCAGGUCUCCAUAGCGAUGACAGAAAAGAUCACUUCACUGACCCUCACCCCAGAAGACUCAUUCUGAAAGACCCUAGUAAAAUAUCCACUGGGAGUCCAGAACCUCUGCACAGCAGCUCCGAGAAGGGCAAAGAAAGAACUGCUAGCAGCCAAACUCUCGUUCACAAAGCAAGCGCUGAAAUCAUGAAGUUCCCAGCAAAGAUGGGCCUUUUCUAUCCUUUUCGCCGUGGUCGUGAUCGACGUAGCAGCGAAAGCAAAGCUGCGAGCCGCUCCUUGCCUCCUGCCAAGCGCGGCAAAGACGAUAAAACUCCUGAAGAGCAAGACUCCAUCAAGCAAGAACCACUUCCUUUUACACCUCCCUUGCAGACACGCGCCAUUGCUACUAUUGGGGCAGAGCAUCACCAGGUGGAGGUUAGUCCCAGCAGAGUUCAUCCCGCUCUGCGCAAUCUUGCUCAGCAGCAGAUCAUGGCUGAACGCGAGCGCCUCAAUAAUCAGGAAACUAUGACGUCCAGACAGCUCCUUAGAUCCUCCCGAUCCUUUCAGGACUUGAAUUCUCGCUCCAGAAAUGCUGCAUCGUUUGAUUGGAUUGAUAGCUCAAUCGAGAGCCCCUCGGAGUCCACAAGUCGCAGUCAGAACCAGCAGGAUCUCGCCAUGGGAUUCCCUGCUCUUACAACCGCUUCGCUCCGCUCGUCUUCUAGAGCACGUUCACCGUUGACAGCUUUUGCUGAAGCACGGAUGUCUCAGGCUUCAGAUGUUUCGUUUUAUUACCGUGGCCCGACCCCCCCUCCUAGAGGGUCUGAAGCGAGCGAGUCGAGCCUACCAACCUGGUAUCAGGCAGCCUAUGCAUACAAGUCAAUCGAAAAGCCAGAUGACGAUUGA